ACUGCCCAACACCAACCGCACUUACGGAGAAACCACUCCCGCACGCUGACCUGGAGCAGAGUCAACAUGUAGAUCUUUUAGAAACACCAUAUGCAGAUUAUGAAUAUGAUGCAGAGUUUCAGAAGAAGCUACCUUGUCAAGGAGGAGGGAUAUCUAAACCAUGGCCAAUCAAACUGAAUUUUACCUGUCAAGUAGACUGUGUCCUGGUCAUCUUGUACCUAUGGUCAAGGCAGUAUCCAAUACCAGAAGCACGUUUCAUUGGAAACAAAUCAGAGAGAAUGUAUCAAACAAUACGAAUGUGCAAUGAGGGAAAAUUGGGCGUGGCAAAAGCAUUCAUAUGGUUGAUGAAUGGUAAUUCGUUUCGCAACAGAGAGGAGUUGGAUUUCAGGGAGAAAAUUGAAAAAGACUGGCUUAAAGGGAUCAUUGGAAUAGAAAUCACCGAGCGAAUCUCCAAAUGUUCAUUUGAGGAUUGCAACACUGAAGACACAACGCAUACCAAAUAUUUAAUUGAAAGCAUUGAAGGAUAUUCAAAAUCACUUACCAGUCUGCGAGAAGACUUUUUGCACUGGAGCUCCGAAAACGUACCUUGUUCUGUAUGCAAAAUCGGUCAAAGACACGUGGAUAGAAGACUAAAAGGUGAUAACGUCUCACCACUACUGCUACCUAUUCCGAUUGAUGGGGAGGACUUUCAAAUGACCGAAUGCGAUGCCUCCCUUGAAGUGAUGAUAGGGAGAAAAAGGUACGUACUACAUGCCUUUAGUUACGCCAUCGAGAAACAUGGGACAAAAGGAGUUCCAUACUUACAUGAAAGAUGUGCGAUUUGGAGGGACAACUGCUGGAUGUACUACGAUAGCGAAAGUUGGAUAGGUGGAGGCAUAUUCAAACUGAAAAUGGACAAGGACAGGACGAAGCCUAAAAACUACAGAGUUGCCUAUUUUAGGUUGUGCUAGAUAUCGAUAAUGCUUGAAAACCAUGUAGAACAAUGGUAGAUUCGGUACAAAAUUUCCCUUUUCAAGGUUUUGUUUAGUGAAACCGUUAAAACCAAAAUCUCUUCAUAAUUUUUCAGCCGACGUGUUGAGUCGAAAAUCCAUAAACGUUUCUUUUAUAUCUGUGUUGUGGUUGGAUUAAUGCUUAACUAAUUUCGGGUCUUAAUUGAUUCCAAGAAGAACACAUGCUGUUCCAAGAAUUUAUGGACAUGUAAUUCACUAGCAUAAUGUUUUCAGCACCAGCACAGUUUCCUUUGUAUAUUGCAAAUCACAUAAAUAAAUUGUUCUGCAUAUGUUUGUUUUUCAUAAUCUAUUUUGUAACACAGUACAACAUUCUCAAGUACUAUUUUUUUCACCCAAGUGCUCUAAAUGAAUUGUUUAAAUACAAAGUAAGCUA